AUGGAUCGUCAGCGUGCGCGUGACCUUUGCGUUGAAUCGCUUAAGGGCCUCAUGGUCGGAACAACUCCGAAGCAUAUUGCCAAUGGAAAUGGAUUCUACCAAUACUUCUUCACCAAUUUCCCAGACCUUCGUGUAUACUUCAAGGGAGCCGAAAAAUUUACCGCUGAAGAUGUGAAGAAAAGUGAAAGAUUUGAGAAGCAAGGGCAAAGAAUUCUUCUUGCUUGCCACUUGUGCGCCAACAUCUACGAUAACGACGACGUCUUCAGAGGAUACAUCCGCGAAACUGUCAACCGUCAUCGUCAAUACAAAAUGGACCCAGCUCUCUGGGAGGCCUUCUGGACUGUGUGGACUGGAUACUUGGAGUCCGCUGGUUGCUUGAAUGACGAACAACGCGCCGCGUGGAUGCAGCUGGGCAAAGACUUCAACGCUGAGUGCCAGGAGCAUUUGAAGAAUCUCAACCUUCCAUUCGUCCAAUAA